AUGCGCUUCGGUUCUGGGAGUUAUGACGUCCGGCAAAGCGAAGGGAUGCAUCCGGGCACUUUGAACCGUCAUCGCACCAUCACCUGUACAGUAUUCUUCCUCGACGGCACCGAGCGCCAAUUCCAGUUUGAUCGCCAAGCCCGCGGCCAAGACCUCCUCGAUCGUGUCUUCGGCCACCUCGAACUCGUCGAACGAGAAUACUUUGGCCUGCAAUUCGUGUGCGUUCUCGACACCCGGGAUACGCAACAAAAAAGAUGGCUGGAACCGCAAAAAUCUGUUCGGAAACAGAUGUUCUGUCCCCCAUAUUCCCUCUUCUUUCGGGUCAAGUUUUUUGUUAGCGACCCGGUGAAGCUGGUGGAGGAGUAUACAAGAUAUCACUAUUUCCUACAAAUAAGGAAAGAUCUGCUGGAGGGAAAGUUGCGGUGUGCCGAAGGGAGCCUAGCGUUAUUAGGCAGUUAUUCGGUUCAAUCGGAACUUGGUGACUACAACCCUGAUGAGAUGCCUUCAGGUUAUCUGGAUAAUUUUCCAAUAGCUCCCGGCCAAAGUCAAGACCUUGUGAGGAAAGUGGCGGAAUUGCAUCAGGUGCAUAAAGGACAAACGCCUGCCGAGGCUGAAUUUAAUUUCCUUGACCACGCCAAACGGCUGGAAAUGUAUGGCGUGGAAUUGUAUGAGGCCCAGGAUGUAAAAGGACUAUUGAUUUCCGUGGGUGUAAACGCAUUCGGGUUGCUCGUUUUUCACCAUGAAAAGAAGAUUCAGGAAUUUGCAUGGUCAGCCAUAAUGAAAAUCUCUUUCAAGCGGAAGCAAUUCUUUGUAACCGUCCGAUUACCUGAUGCGAACGGGUUGGAAGACGACAAUUGCAUUACAUUCAACAUUCAUUCCGCGCCAGCAUGUAAACAAUUGUGGAAAGCCUGUAUUGAGCACCACACAUUCUUUCGAUUGAUCGCCCCACCAGCUCCACCACAAAAAGGUCUUUUCAACCUGGGCAGCCGUUUUCGCUAUAGCGGACGGACCGAGUUUCAAACGAUCGAAGAAAUGCGGCAACGGGCAAGGGUGGAACGGACGUUUAGGAGAUCCACAUCCAGAAAUGGCGGUCUUAAUUCGAGAGCUACAAUUUCUGGUGGACACAGCUCAGCUUCGUCCUCGCAAUACACUCCAACUCACACCGUCGAUUCACCUGAUUUAAGUUUGAGGCUAUUCAGUCAUUCGUGGGCACGCAAGCUACUGCCACUUGGUGGCGGCCGAUCAGCCAGCCUAGUCUCUGAUGCAUCAUCUCGGCAUCAACCCAAGGAGGGUGAUGGCUUCCCCACAACUCGGCCGACCACAUCCAAGCACUGGGCUCUCUUCAUCAGCACAUCAAUCUUUGGACGAUUCCAGAAGCUCGGAAAUCGAUGCGUUCCUCUCGAGAAGUCUCUCCAUGCACAGCUU